CGGGAGUUUCUGCAGCCCUGUCGCGAGCUGGAGCUCUCCCCGUCCUGCUCGUCGUCGUUCGUCUCCUGCCUACCUCCACCCACCACCGUCUCGAGCUCAGCGGCCCCAGGCCUACGCUCUGAGCUCUCCUCUGGCCUAUCCUUAACUCUCUGCCCCGCUGCUGCGAAUGCUCUGCGCCCGCGACUCUCCCGGAGGUAGCACGAAGCCCAGCCUUGCACGUCUGGCGCUCCUAAUGGCGAACUCGCACUACCAGAGCACAAGCUCCACGACAACUACCACCACCACCAGCGCCCGGAACCGGCGCUACCAGAGUGUCCCGGCAGUUCAAGAGCACUUGUACGCCAGUCUGGCAUCGUGGCAGGCCGACACUCCUCAAAACCUACCCUUUGCGCCCAGCCUGCACCAGCUCCCCGGCGCACUUGGCCCCCGCCCUCUCCCCGCGAACCAUCUCUACUACUCUCCAGGGCCCACCGAUUACGUCAACCACCUCCCACUCCAGUCGCCAUGGACUGACCACGACGGCCGUUCUGCGUGGAGCAGCCCGCUGUACGGCGACGCCGGUGUUGACUCGACUGUGCCGCAUCCCAAUGCGGCUUCGCACUUGGGCCACCCAGAAAAUAUCUACAGACCUACAGGCCACAGCCAAGCUCUCCCUCUCCCUCUCCCUCAAGACUAUUCUGCUGCCUCCGCAGCUCCUCCUUAUGCGCCCGGUGCCCCACGGGCUGCGUCCGUAGCCCACCUCCUGAACUACCCUUCGCAGACAAUUCGAUGGUCUGCCGGUCCCACUUCCGACGUGCCACCAGUGCCCCAGGAUGGCCGAGUCCUCAGUCACACGAGCGCUGCUUUGUCGUCAGGUGUGGUUGCUCCGAGCAUCGGCAACUUAUCUAGCUCCCCCUGGACCCUGAUCGAUGGGGCAGUGAGCUCUUCCACGACUCCCCUUUUUGAGAGGACCCCCGCCCGUGAACCCGAGUGGACGCUUGUUGAGGACCCGAGCCAGAAUGCAGCCCAGCCGCAUCCGCAGACACAACAGCUUGUCCAAUUCCCUUCCGCUAGCCUAAGCCAGCAACCGCAGCAACCGCCUGUGGGCUGGGCAAGCCGCCAAGACCAGGGCAGCACCGCAUCUGCGAGGCAAAAGCUACCAAGGAUUUCCGCUUCCUUCACUGAAAGAGCGCAAAAGAUGAAGAUAUCAAAACGCCACGCGAAAUUCAACGAGGAACAGAAAGCAAAAACUGCUUAUAUGCGCAAGAUCAAGCAGUGUAUUCGCUGCAAAUUCUAUAGAACUGGCUGCGAUCCGGGCACUCCGUGUCAACGAUGCACCAGGGUGCACGACAGCGCAAGGUCAUUCCUUGAGCCCUGUUCUCGAGAUCAUCUCGACGAUGCGAGUCUAGUUCGUCAUUGCAAUGGCCGCCUCAAUCAGUCCAAGGCGUUCUUCUUGAACUAUUCGUGGAAAGAAGGAGAUAGCAUUAACGCCAUGGACAUUGUGUGGAACCUGCCCGGUUUCGGUCCCAUGCCCAUGUGUGACCCUAUAAAGAUCCUGUUCCGCGAAUACUCUCCCAAAGACAUACCACCAAACCUUAACCCGCCAGACCUCGAUCCGACUGCGCAGUACUGGCAGAAUACUGCCGGACAAGUCAAUAGGGUUCUGCAGCCUCCAUAUGCUGUUUAUGACACUACUACCUUAAAAACGAAUGUUGAAAUAUACUUCCUCAGAAACCAGAUUGCAAUCGAGCAAUGGAUUCUCCACCGCGUAAAGGACGAUGAGCUUGCACUGAUGACGUAUCGGGAGGCACUAAGAAAGAGGGAUGCUGGGAGCAGCCUCCUUCAGACCGCCAUGCAACUACAGUGCUUGUCGAUUGUUUCCCAGGGCUACGGUUCCGUGUGGUCUUCAAACAUCCCCGGCAUCAAAGAGUACGAUUACCGACAACUGGGACGUAGUGGAUACGAGGCUUAUGAUCGUCCUGGCCCGGAUCGUCCCCUCCCAGCUGCAAUUGCUCACCAAAUGGAUGUGGCAAUUCUAGAAUACUUACAGAAGCUGGAAAAGCAAUGCGCAAAGGAGCUGAUGAAGAAGGUUUUCCAACCGAAGCUGAAGCCGUGGUACGAAUUGUUCUUAACCUUCUUCGUUCUUCUCUGGAAUCUAGAGUACAUACACAACGGCGCCGAGAGUUACAUCAUGUCUAAGAGUGGCACCGCGCUUGAGAAUCAAGUCAGCUAUGUGGUGCGAAGUCAAAUUGCGGAAUGGGAACAUGCUGCUCCAACAAUUCUCCAGCAUUGGCGGUGCGUACUGCGUGGGUUCGUCCCCUUCAAGCUGGCGCGAGAAAAUCCUAUGGAACUACGCGAAAAGGGGAUGUUAAAUCAAGCGGAGUUCGAUUACGUCAUGAGAGUCGCCGAUAUGCUUGAACACCGAGGCCCCGAACGAUUUUCAGGUCCCUCGUCACGGCAUGCCCCCCUCCGCAAUUCAAUUGCAAGUAAGUGGAUACCUCAACUAUUCAAAGACUCGAACGGUUGAGCUAGGCCUCGGACAUGCUACUUUUUCGGGUUAUGUAGUUACGACAAGUGGAGCCAUAAGAUAUUUAAGUUGCACGAAAAGCCAAAUCGUGCUCAAGUCAUAAUAUGUCAAGAUGUGGUUACAUAGGUUUUUGCAGAUAUCAUGCAUUCGGCCUCCUACCGGAA